AUGGUUCGCAUGAGCGUAUUGGCCGACUGCUUAAAAACAAUAAACAAUGCUGAGAAGAGAGGGAGACGACAAGUUUUAAUACGACCUUCAUCAAAAGUUGUUGUAAGGUUUUUACAGUACAUGCAAAAAAAGGGAUAUAUUGGAAAUUUUGAAAUAGUAGAUGACCACAGGUCAGGUAAAAUUGUGGUCAAUUUAUUAGGGAGAAUAAACAAGUGCGCCGUCAUAUCACCAAGGUAUGACGUGAAGCUGGAAGAAAUCGAAAAAAUUAUAACGAGCAUACUACCAAGUAGACUUUUUGGACAUUUAAUUUUAACGACACCUUAUGGAAUAAUGGAUCAUGAAGAGGCAAGAAGAAAACAUACGGGAGGAAAAGUUCUAGGGUUCUUUUUUUAG